AGUGUCAGGACAUAUUCAAUCACUUGAGUGUCUACUUUAACUGCGCAAAGAAGCCCGUUGUUGAAUAGCCGGUCGUUCUUCUUGGUCUUUUGUAGAAAUGGCAAAUCCAGACAAGCGUAUUGUCAUCUACCCGGCGUAUCUAGAAAUGGGUAAAUCAAUGGCUAAAGGGCGGCGGAUACCUAAGGAGUUAGCGGUGGAGGAGCCCAGCGUGUUUGAAAUAGCGGAGUGCUGUAAGCAGCUGGGUCUGGACGCGCUACCAGAGGGCAAGCACUACCCCCGCGAGUGGCUGCCCAAGGGCCGGGUACGAGUGGCGCUCAAGAAGGAGGACGGCACGCCCGUCAACCCAGCCGUGCCAGACCGCCGCACGCUGCUGUUCAAGCUGGCUGAGAUGGUGCCCAAGUGCGCCGGCCGCGUCAACGGGCGGCCCAAGGCGCUCGCCAACAAGCCCGCGCCAGACGCCGGCGCCGGCAGCAGCAGCAGCAGCAGCGGGGCGGGCGCCGGCGGCAGCAAGCCGGCGCCGUCCAAGAAGGGCAAGAAGGGCAAGAAAUAGAAGGGCAAGAAGGGCAAGAAGUAGAAGGGCAAGAAGUAGAAGGGCAAGAAGUAGAAGGGCAAGAAGUGAAGGGCAAGAAGGGCAAGAAAUAGAAGGCAAGAAGUAGUGGGGGCGGCACGAGUGUGAGCGGGAGCAGUAGGAGCACGAGGGGCAGUGGCUGGAGGCCGGACAGGCCGUGUAUGAUGGUGUCGGGGCAUGCAGGGGCGAGUUGGCGUCGCAUGAGGACCAAGUGCUGGAGCCUGAAGCAGCUAAAGCGGAGCUAGAGCAGGAGGAGCAGGUCCUGUGCUGGAGCCUGAAGCGGCUAAAGCUGGAGCAGGAGCAGGAGGAACAGGUCCUGUGCAAGGAGACAUGCUACCGGUAAAGGGGCACGCAAGGGGGGUAAUGGGCAGUUGGGCUCUGCGUGGGAGGUGAGGAGGGGGGGCUGCUUUCGUCCGGCCUGCGGUAAGGGUAGUCGGGGGAAGGACAGGCACAGGGCUGCGCGCCGCAGCGCGGAUGUUUGAAUGCGACCGUUGACACGACGCUGUGUGCGACGCGGAUGCUUGAAUGCGGCCGUUCACACGACGCUGUGUGUUGAAUGACAAGAUUGUGUGUGUGCGAGUGUAUGUGUCUCUGUGUGAUUGACUCCUACGUGACGGCCAACGGGUGCUGACGGAAGUCGGUCGGAUGGCGGGCUGGGGACGUCAAGGGUUGACGCUGCACAAGUUACAGCAGGCACCCCGGGAGCGCAUCACGACGCAGGAUGGGGUUCAAAGGGGGAGCUGGCUGUCCGGCGGUCCGCUUCGUCCGGUUGAGCCCAGCUACGAUAUGGCCGUUGCCGGAGGGGCAUGGAGGAGGGGGAGGGUUUCGCGGGCUUAUGCCCGCCACGCAUGUAGCCCAGGUAACCCGGGUAACCCUGUGUAACCACACACUGACGUGAGCUGGCCGGUGGGCAUGCGGUCCACUGGUGCAAGUGCGGCCGUGCGGCGGGAGCCGCGGGACUUGCGGAAGGGCGGUGCAAGUGUUUGCCGGUCCCAGAGAUGCAGCCAUGGUAG